AAUUUGUUACAACUUGUUACAAUUUUUUUGAAGGCAGAAAACAUUGCAAAUAGUUAAUGGAUUUUUCUCCCAAUUUAUCUCCAAAAAAAUCAUACUUGGCAAUUUUUCCAGCCCAGAUUAAGAAAGCACAAUGGUUAAACUCGUGAACUCUUUAUUCAAACUCUCCAAUAAAAUUUUAUCCGUAUUUCCGCCAUUAUUUACUUUGACGCGUCUAUGGUUCGGGUUUUUCAUGGGAACAGCUUUUCUGCUCCCGACUUUGAUUCUUCGAUUCGGAUUUAAGCGAAUGCUUUUAUCGUCAAAUCCGAAAAGAUCUCGAACGAAGACCAAGUACGACUCGGAUCCGGAUUGCAGUUCUGAGUUUGAAGAGUCGGGUUUUGUGACUUCGGACGGAGUUGUUAUACACUUUGUUUCAAAGGGAAACCCGAACGGCGAAGUCAUUUUGUUCCUUCACGGGUUCCCAGAAUGCUGGUAUUCCUGGAAACACCAAAUCGAUUUCUUCUCCGAGGAAGGUUACCGAGUUGUUGCUAUGAGUCUUCGCGGAUACGCUGAGAGCGGAAAACCGAAAGGAAAAGAAAAUUACGAAAUUUCGAAACUCGUUCAUGACGUGCAAGAACUGAUCGAGUUCUUGAAUGUUAACCAAGUCAUUCUUGUCGCUCAUGAUUGGGGCGGAAUUAUCGCUUUUGCUUUGACGGCUGCUCACCCUCACUUGAUUAAGAAGUUGGUAAUUCUCAAUGCUCCACAUUCUGAAAUCUUUCUUAAAUUACAAGUCGAAAAUUUGCGUCAGUUCUGGUCGUCAUGGUACAUUUAUUUCUUCCAAUUUCCAUUUUUGCCCGAAAUUGCGGUAAAAAUGGGCGAUUUUGCUUUUCUCGAACUAUGCUUUGCCCCGUUACUCAAAUCGGGUAAAAUGAGCAAAUCGGAGUUGGAUUUGUUCAAAUAUUACGCUUCACAAGAGGGAUCGCUGACAGGCAUGAUCAAUUAUUACCGAAAUUUGACUUCAAAAAAAGCGAAAACGGAAUUGAAGCGCUUUUCGAAGAAAAUCGAGGUUCCAACUUUGGUGAUCUGGGGCGAAAAAGACAUGGGUUUAGUGGUUGAGAACUUGAAAGGUUUGAACAAAUUUGUAGAUGACCUCCAAGUGACCAGAUUACCUGGGAUUAGUCACUGGGUUCAGCAAGACGACCCGGAAACCGUCAACCGGGAAAUAUUUUCAUUCAUAUGCUGAAUCUGGUGUGAAAAUAAAAACUUUAUCAAAGGCUGCAUAUUUUCAAUUCUAUAAAUUUAUUGAAAAAGGUUACCGCAAAAAUGAGCAUGACCGAAAAAAAAAUUGGAGAGCUUGAUGCACUAUUUGUGGGUUUUAUUUGAGCAAAGUGGGCAAAUGAGGCAUUGAAAAAACUUGCAACCUUCUUUUUGAAUUGAUAUCAUGGAAACUAGA